ACCAAUAUUAACCGAUAUUUUUGUGUACCAACUUUGUAUGUUGAGUAUAAAGAAAGAAUAAUAUCAAAUUCGUUACAAUAUAAUAAUACGAAUUAAUACCUAUGUAUUAUUAUGGUGUGUUUCAUUGCAGUAUAUUAUUUAAAUUAUAUUAUGUUUUUCAUCAAAAUAUACUGUAACGUUGCUAUAGCUAAAAUGUACACUACCGUUUGUCAUCGCAUUGAUCCAACAAAUAUUUUGGUACCUAUAUCAAACGUGGCUCGAUACUCGUUACAUGUUGUAAUACAUAUUUUGAUAUUACUGAAGCUAUCGUGAAUAUAAUAUAGUAUUAUAGUAGAUUUUGUGUUACAAUGAGCAAAUUCCAGGAGAAUAUUAAACACUUGAUCCCAAGACCAAAAACACCCGUCGUCAAACCACCGAUGUAUCGCUCGAUUUACACAGAGUCUGUGAGGAAAACGUACAAGUCGAAUAAUAAUUGUCAUAAAACUAUGGGCUAUGCUGAAGUUGAGCUCGAUCCACCGUCACAGUUUCUAAAAAAACACACCAGAAAAGAGAUGAGACCAUUUGUCGAAAUAAAUAAAACCAAAUGCUGUGCUAGAAAAUCGAUUCAGCGGCCAUGCGACGGCGCACCGACAAAUGCUUCCAAAAAACUGCCAACAAAAACGCGGAAAAACAUUAGGCAAACUAACAUCAUUGACGUUAUAAGGAGGGUGCCACCAUUGCCGAAGCAUCGGGUCCAGGACACAAGGAAUGGACACGUAAUUGUUCUGAACGAAGCCGGAUUGGAGCCAACGUACGUGUCCAAGAAGAAUUAUGGAAAGACACCAGCAUAUAUCGUGAAAAUGUAUAAGGAAAAAGAAUUGGCCCAACUGAUGGAGACUGAACGAAAACGAGCUGUAAAACCUCCAUUCCGGUAUUUGCCCGAAGGCGAACGUAACGAAAUGUUGAGCGGACUGAAGACAAAUUGGGCUGAACUUCACAAGGAAUUUUUACUGUUGCCAAUGCUUACCGACACGGUACCGAAAAUGAAAAGGAAAACCAUGUUGGAGAAGCAAUUGAACAACUUGGAGAAAGACAUCGAUCUGUUAGAGAGGAACCCCUCCAUUUAUGUAUGCCAAGAUGUAUAGGUCUUUGAAACUUAGAGAAUCGUCUGCGUGUCUAACAAAUAAAAUGUCAGUUAGAUAAUAUUUUUCAUUCUUAAGAUAUCAUAAAAAUAAGUAUAGGUAAAACAUUAGUUAACUGAAUC